AUGGGGGUGAGCGAAUGUGUUCAGUACAUAAGGGAGAACUUUGCGAAGAAGUAUGGUGAGAACAUUGCAAGUGGAUUGUAUGAUCCCCGAGACUUGAAAAGGCUGCAGGAAGACUCUGUAUUUGCCAGUACAUACCUUAAAAACCAAGAAAAGCUAGAUGAAGCUGUUGACCUUGUUCAUUCCUCAUUAAAGUUUAGAAAAGAAAUCAAAGUUAAUGAUCUUAAAGAGAGCUCAUUUGAACCAGAACUGCUGAAACUUGGUUGUGCUUACUUUCACAAGAAAGAUGUCAAUGGACAUAGAAUAUUAUGGUUGAGGGUGAAACUCCAUAGAAAAGAUGCGCCCUCUGAGAAAAUUGAGGCAGAAAAGCAAGGUCUUGUGUUCACUAUAGAAAAAGCCUUCAAUGAGUGUCCACAACACGGAAUAGUUGUCCUUCUAGACAUGACUGCCUGUGGCAUGGCUAACUUGGACAUUGAUUUUGUCAAGUAUAUCAUCACCAUCUUCAGACAAUAUUAUCCAACAUUUUUAGCCUACAUGCUCAUAUAUGACAUGCCUUGGAUAUUCAAUGCUGCUUGGAAGAUCAUCAAGGCGUGGCUAAACCCAGAAUCUGUUGCCAAGAUUAGGUUUGUCUCCAAAGCAGAUGUACAGACUUAUGUGAAAGCAGAAGACCUACCCCCACAUAUGGGUGGCACAGAUGAUUUUGAGUAUGAGUACCGGCCAGGUAUGACAAAUGAACCUCUGUAUCCAGAAGAUGAUGUUAAAAAAGACAAAAAG